AUGGUUAGACCUACUUCUUCUCCAAAAAAAAAUAGUAGGUUGGCUGCCAGAUAUUUGGAGAAUAUUACUGAUCAAUCUAAUAACCUUAACCCUGUGGUUUUAUCGAAGAAUACUGAAAAUAAUAUACUAGAUCCAGAUCUGGUUAAGCGAAAAUUGGAAUCUCCUUUGAGCUCCCCGAAGAGAUCAAAGUCAUUUAAACGCUACCAGGACAGUCCUCCUGCCAAUAAACCUACAUCUAUGAAUUCGAAUGCUUUGAGAUCUCCGGUGAUGGUAGUCAACAAAUCCAAAGAACCAGAAGACCUUGGAAACCUAUAUUCUAGGGAUAGAUUGAAAUCCGUUGACAAUAACAAGAAAGUACAAAACUUCGAGGACAAGGAGAAUGAUGAUCAUGGCUUGCCAAACAUCCAAAAUUUGCACUUGAAAACGUCAACCGAUAACACUAAAACCAGUCCAAGCCCCAGUCCAAGAAGACUGCCAUCAAGAUUGGUAGGAGUCUCAAGAAUUGAAAGUAGAAACAAUGAUACCAACAACAAAAAAUUCAAUUUUCUUGACGAAUUGGAAAGCUUCAAUGAAAAAAGAAAGAAUAACCAAGUCAGUUUGAAGAAGACCCACUCAAUUGCCCAAGGAAGGACCCCAAAAGGUAAUAAAGGUUACGAAUUUUUAUGCAGAGUUGCAGAAAUUAAACAGUGGAUUGAAGAAUGCCUCGGAGAAAAGAUUGCCUCAACGUUGGAAUUGUCAAAGGAUGGUUUGAAAAAUGGGGUUAUCUUAGCUAAAGUCACAAAACAUUUUGUUCCAGAAUUGGUGAAAAGGAUCAUUCCUGCAAAUUCCAGAGGAGCUAUUGAAUACAGACAUACCGAAAACAUUGUCCAUUUCUUCUACUUUUUGGAUUACAUUGAUAUGCCAGACUUAUUUAGAUUUGAAUUGACAGAUUUGUAUGAUGGUAAAAACAUCCCAAAAGUUAUCUUUUGUCUUUACGCUUUGUGUUUUAUGCUAAGUCAACAAGAUGAUGCCCCCAAAUUGAAGAGUUUAGUUGGUAAACUAGCUUUUGAAGAAUCAGAUAUCAAAAAUUCUGAGAGAAGACUAAAAGAAGCCAGUGUUCCGGAUUUUGGCAGUUUUGAACCUCUUAUGAAAUCAUUAGAAUUGGAAAAUGGAUUUUUUACCAAAGCCCAAGAAGAAGAGCCUGAAAGACAACAAAUCACUCAAGAAAAUAUUAGCAUUAGUUUGGAUGAGUCGCCACUUGAUAUGAAUACCCAACUGCGAUUAGAACUCUCCGAAAUCCAUGAAGACGAACCAUUGGCCCUGAUUCCUAAAGUUAGAAAAAUAAUUUCAAAGCCUAAGAUUCAAAUGGAGCCAGAGGAAGAAGAGGAUAUGCACGAAGAAGAAGAAAAUAAUCAUGUGCGUUUCACACAAUCCACUCUCAGAAGAGUUGAUAGUAUUAAGAAGCCAACUUAUAAUGAUUUUUCUGCCGUCGAAAUUGAAGACACUACCAUAAUUCAAGAACAAGUUAGUGAAGAUAUGUCGGAAAAUGAACUUGAUUACGUUCUUCGAAAUAUUAUUGAAGUCCAGUCUCUUGGCCGAGGGUUCAUUGCACGUUUCCAGGUUUUUGUGAAAACUACAAUGUUAAAAACUUUUGCUGCUGAUAUCAUUCAACUUCAAUCUAUUGCAAGAAAGAAUUUAUUUAUGAAAUCAAAUAAGGCCAAAAUAUUGGCAAAGAAGAAGAAAAGAAGGGUUAAUGGAAAUUUCAUUAUCCAUCUCCAAGCUAAAGUCAGAGGUAGCUUAGUUAGAAGACAAAUCAUGGUUAAUCUUAUAGAAAUAAAGAGGGAAAAAUACCAAAUCGUUCAAUUCCAAUCAAUAAUAAGGGGCGAAAUUUCCAGAUUCUUUACCGACAGCCUAUUGAUUGAACUUGAAGAACACGAUAAAAGUAUAUCACAGUUCCAGGCUAUUUUGAAGGGUAUCUUAGUUAGAAAGGAUGCUACUAAAAAGGAAAUUGGGUUGCUAAAGUCAAGGAGAAAAAUAAUUACUUUGCAAAGCGUCAUAAGAAGUAGUAAUUUGAGAAGAAACAUUUUAUUUACAAAUGAAAAUUUUGAAAGUAUUUCCUCUAAUAUCAUCGAGCUUCAAUCAAUAAUAAGAACACAUUUAUAUCACAAAUGUCUUAAUGAUUUCAACUCAUAUCGCGCUAGUGAUGAUGAUAUCAUAGUGAAAUUACAAUCUUUAAUCAGAGGUAAACUAGUUCGUGACAGAUGCAAAGAUAUUUAUUAUAAUAUUUAUAAGGCAAGGAGUGAGAUUAUGGAAAUUCAAAUGGUCGCUAGGGGUGGCUUAUCUCGUCAAAGACUCAGCAAAAUGAUUAUGGGUCUCGAUUAUAAUGAUACCAUUUUUGAAGAAAUGACAGCAAUAAUCAGAGGUGGUCUAGCAAGAAAUAGAAUGAAUAAUAUUUUAGAUGAACUCGACCAUAAUUAUGAUGCCAUAAUAUUACUUCAGGCGAACAUAAAGGGGGUAUUAACGCGAUUCAAGAUGGAGCUACUUUUCGAUGACUUGUGGGAACAUGAGAAACCAAUAACCAAGUUACAGUCGAUGAUUAGGGGUGGUUCUGUUAGAAAAAAUAUGAAAGAUAUAGUUAACUAUUAUGAUGCAAAUGUUGACAAGGUUAUCAAGAUCCAAAGCUUCAUCAGAGCACGUAAUCAAAAUGAUGCUUAUAGGAAAUUGAUUGCCACGAAGAAUCCAUCGUUGGCAGUUGUUCGUCAGUUUGCUUACUUGUUGAACGACACUAAUAAAGAUCUUGAAGAAGAGGUCAGGUUUGAGAAUUUGAAUCACCAAAUAAUGGUAAAAUCUAAUGAAAAUUCAGAAUUGGAGAAGCACUGUAAUGAAUUAGACGCGAAAAUUGCAUUAUUGGUUAAAAAUAAAAUUACUUUGGAUGAACUCAUUCAUCAAAAUAAGAAACAAGGACAAUUGGAAUUAGAAUUCAAGAAAAAAAUCCAAAAUGAUGAAAUCUUCUUGAACUCUCAUAAAUCUAAGAGCAUGGAGUAUGAAGCAUUUGAGUCUUUGAUAUAUGUGUUGCAAACAUGCCCAGAGUAUUUUGUUAGGCUUUUUAGAACUUACAACACUAAUUACAAUGCCAAAGAAGAAAUUGAAAAAAUGGUGUUGAUUUGUCUUGCGUACGCAGGGACUAAGGAUCAUUCAAAAGUUAAGUCAAGUACUACUAAUGGUGUAAUGUCUGCUUAUCGCUUGGAACCUGAAGCUUCAUAUUCUUUGAGGGAUGAAUUUUUAUUCAUGAAUUUGGUCAUUAGUGCUAUUAAAGACCAUAUUGGGUCUGCUAAUUCUCUUGAGGACUUCUGCUUGAAUUCUACUGUGCUUUCUUGGCAAAAACUUUUGAAUUUUUUCAAUAAAUCAACCAACCAGAGGAAAUUGGCUAAAAAAAUUUUUGGAUCAUUGAUAACAUCCAUUUCAGAAAUUGAUAAUCUAUCUAUGGAAAGCAAUCCUUUGAAGAUUUAUAAAGAAAUUAUCGCUACCGAGGAGCAGGAAACUGGGAAAAAGUCUAUAAAACCAAGAAAUGUUACUGCCGAAACUGCUAUUCAGGAUGCAGAAACUAGACAACAAUUUAUUAAGAAUUUGAAUCUAUUACGUGAAUUAACAAUCAAAGUUUUGUCGACUAUUGAGGAUAACAUAAAUUUAUUACCAACUCAUAUUAAGACUAUCUGUUUCCAUACUUUUAUGAUUGCCAAGAAGCAUUUUGCAAGUAACACUGAUGGAACAAAUGCUGAAGAUCAAGCUUUUGCUUUUGCUUUAAGUAUCUUGAUGGAUCACUAUGUUAUACCAAUUAUCAGUUCACCUGAAAACUAUAACAUUUCGUUGAUCACUUUCAGCACGAAGGAAACUUUGAGUUUAAAAGCUAAUUUUGGCUAUAUUUGUGAUGUUUUAGCCCAAAUAGCAUCUAUGACAGAAUUCUCAUUAUCUCAAGUUUAUUAUCAACCAUUGAAUGAAUUCAUACAAUCAUCCAUUCCUAUGGCCAAGAGGAUCGCCCAAAGAAUCUUUGAUGUUGGUGAUGUGGAGACUGCUUACAAUAUGAAUAUUUAUAAUGAUUUAACUGCUAGAGUGAAGCCUUCAUUGAUAGUCAAAAACGUUGAAUUGCUUUCUUUUAAAAAUUUCAUUCAAGAAUAUAUUGAUGACAUGGCGCCAUCAAAAUCCGAUCCAAUUCAUGAAUAUGCUCAAAAAUUAUCCAAAGUCAGAAAUAUUGCGAGAGGCGACCAAAUCAGUAAAGAAGUCAGAUUAUUGUUGAACCCAUGCAUUAAGAAUUUCGCAGGUGUCAAAACAAAGACAUUGACUCUUGAUGCUAAGAGAUGUAUGCUUUAUAUCAUGCAGGUUCAAUCAACCAAGAAAAAUUUGUUGGAGUUGUUACUUUCUAGAAUAACUGACCGUGAUGAAGAGAGGUUUGAACAAAUGAUGCUUCGAGAAAAGCGUAAUUACCAAAGACAAGUUAGCAAUCCAAAUCAUAAGCCUGAACCGGUUGACGAUUAUGAGAAAAACGAAUUUAGCAAAUCAACAUUUAUGAGAAACGUGUCGACGAUGUCUUACCACCAAUUGAAAUCACAUACUUUGGAAGUUAUUUUGGAAUUAGAGUCUAUGGGAAAAUUGAACAGAGAAAACAAAUUUCAGACUUUAUUGAAUGAAAUUGCUUUUGAUAUCAAAACCAAACAUGAUCAAAGAAUGAAGCGUGCCAAAGAAAUCAGAUUAUCAGUCCAAACUCUUGACUCUUUGAAUGAAAAAGAAAAAUACUUGAGAAACUUGUUGGAAACCUAUAACAAUUAUAUCAAAAAGUCUAUGGAGGGUUUACAGGAAAGUUCAUAUAACAAUAGUUUGAAUAAGAAAAAGAAGCUUCUACCAUUCUCCAAGCAGUACUUUUAUCAAAAGGCACUUAAAAGAAGAGGCAAACAAUCAAAGUUUGGUGUUUACCAAUAUAGCGCCAAAUAUUUGUACGAAAAUAAGAUCCUUCUUGAAAUUAAUGGGGUUAAACAUCUUGAUUUGUUGAAGGUUGAUUUCAUUUUUAGCUGUGAUGAAGUUGGAGUUUUCAUGAUUGAACUUGAAGGUGGAUUGAUUGAUGACAACUCUGUACACGAUAAUGAUAAACGUCCAAAUUUUGUAUCAUCAAAAAUAAUCACCGGAAACGUUGCCCAUAUUACCAAAAGUAGGAACUCUUCAUCGAGAUUAACCCUAGAUGAUUUGUUGCAAAGCCAGUAUGAAGGAAAAUCGACCAUUGCUGUCUAUAAUGGUAUUGUCAAUUUUGAUACGAUCAAUUUGUUGACCUUCAUCCUCAAGAAGUUUUAUGAUUCUCACAGCCACAGCACCGGUAGCAACACUUUCGGCUCAAGUCUCACGAGUACCGUCAGUCUCGGAAGUCCGAAAAAACAUGGAUUUGCCUCUUCGUUUGCUUCAUCAUUCGGGACUUCCUUCGGCUCAAAGAGAUGA